AUGCCUUCUGAUGCCAAGAAGAAGCGCGAUGCCGCUAAAAAGGCUGCCAACAAAGGUGGAAAGAAGCCGGCCAAGAAGGAUGAAACUGCGGAAAACGGCUCCGCCACUAAUGGAGUUGUUUCGACUGAUCCAGCUGUAGAUGCCGCCGUUGCUUUGCUCGAACAAGUUGAGAUAGAGAAUGCUCAAGCUCGAGCUGUAGCCGGGGCCUUGGGGUCGCAUCCAAAGAGUGUUAAUUUCAAGAUUAACCAACUCACAAUCACUUUCCACGGAAGAGAGAUUGUUACGGAUACUACACUUGAAAUUAAUCAAGGUCAUAGAUAUGGACUUAUUGGAUUGAAUGGAUGCGGUAAGUUUUUUUAUCUCUUUUUAAGGUUUAGGUAUUAAAUUUACAAUUUGCUGCUAGUUUUACCGUUUAUGUUGGUAUUUUUCAUUAUAUAUGAAUUAUCUUUUAGGAAAAUCGACUCUUCUACAAGCCAUAUACAACCGUGAAAUGCCAAUUCCUGAACACAUUGACAUGUAUCUGCUGUCGAGAGAAAUGGUGGCUAGUGAUGAAACUGCUUUGAAGGCUGUCUACAAUGUUGACCAAGAGAGAAUCAAGUUGGAAGCUUUGGCAGAGGAAUUAGCCGCUAAUCCAGAAGAUGGUAGGUUAUAUGAGAGCUUUAGGAAGUAACCUAUAGAAUAGGACAAAUCAAUCAAAUAUAUUAUAGAAGCCCAGGAGCAGUUGAUGGACAUAUACGAACGUUUGGAUGAGAUGGACGCUAGCCAAGCCGAAGUCAAGGCUGCUCGUAUUCUCCAUGGUCUUGGAUUCAGUAGAGCUAUGAUGCUGAAAAAGUGCAGAGACUUCUCUGGAGGUUGGCGUAUGAGAAUUGCGUUGGCCAGAGCUUUGUAUCUGAAGCCUACGCUUCUGUUGCUGGACGAACCUACUAACCAUUUGGAUUUGGACGCUUGUGUAUGGUUGGAGCGAGAGUUGGCUGAGUGAGUUCUAUAUUUUUGGCAAAUAUUUGUUAUAAUUUAUUUAUUGAUUAUUUAAAAGGUAUUAGUUACGUUUUAAUUGAGAUUUUUUAGUUACAAGAGAGCGUUGUUAAUUGUUUCUCACUCCCAGGAUUUCAUGAACAACGUCUGCACUAAUAUGAUUCACUUGUUCCAGAAGAAGUUGAUCUACUAUGGUGUAAGGGGUUUUCUUCGCUUUUGUGUUUAGGUGCUUGUGCCAGUUUUAAAAAAUAUAUUUUUAGGGUAACUACGACACUUUCAUCAAGACCAGAGAAGAAUUGUUGGAGAAUCAAGCCAAGAAGUACAAAUGGGAACAAGAUCAAAUUGCUCACAUGAAGGAGUAUAUUGCUCGGUUUGGUCACGGUUCAGCCAAAUUGGCCAGACAAGCCCAAUCUAAAGAGAAGACCAUGGCCAAGAUGAUUGCUGGGGGUUUAACUGAGAAAGUGACUACUGAACAAGUGAAACAGUUUUACUUCUUCAACCCUGGAGACAUUCCACCCCCUGUUAUUAUGAUCCAGAACGUGUCUUUCAGAUACAACGAGGAAACUGUACGUUUUAAUUGUUUUAUAAUACAAGAAAUUUAUUACAGAAACAUAUUAUACUUGAGGGCAUUAAUGGUAUUUAUGUGAUUUUGUUUUAGCCUUACAUUUACAAAGAUCUUGAAUUUGGAAUUGAUCUUGACACUAGAAUCGCUUUAGUAGGCCCCAACGGAGCUGGAAAGUCUACUUUCUUGAAGCUGGUCAACGGAGCCAUCUCUCCUACUGACGGUCAAAUCAGACGUCACGUUCAUUGUAAGAUUGGAUUGUAUCACCAAGUAAGUUUUAUAGUUGAAUUAGUUUUUGUUCUACUAGAUUAUUAAAUUGUAUUUUGCAGCAUUUACACGAAGAACUGCCUUUGGACAAGUCAGCGCUUGAAUACAUGUUAGAGUCAUAUCCGGAAGUGAAAGAGAAGGAAGAGAUGAGGAAAAUCAUAGGAAGAUACGGCAUCACCGGAAGAGAACAAGUGUGUCCAAUUAAGCAACUCUCGGAUGGACAGAGAAGAAGAGUCUCGUUCGCCUGGCUAGCUUGGCAACAACCCCAUCUGCUGCUUCUUGAUGAACCUACGAAUCACUUGGACAUGGAGUCGAUCGACGCCUUGGCUGAAGCCAUUAAUGCUUUCGAUGGUGGAGUGAUAUUGGUUUCCCACGACUUUCGAUUGGUGCAGCAAGUGGCGGAGACCAUCUACAUCUGUGACAAACAGACCAUCACCAGAUGGGAGGGCGACAUCUUCUCCUUCAAGAAACAUCUGACUCAACAGAUCGCUUCGGGUGAAAAGGAGUUCGUGGAACGGUAA